AUGAGUGUAACAACAAACACUGUUGGCCAACCAUUCGAUUAUUAUUGUGUAUUGGAUUUUGAAGCGGUAUGCCAUCAAGCAAAUCCUGGCUCCAAACGACGAUCACCAGACGAUGUAUGGGAAAUUAUUGAGUUUCCGAUCUGCUUGUUAGAAGCACAAACAAAUACAGUUAUUGAUAUCUAUCAUAGUUAUGUUCGACCAACGAUCAAACCACGUUUGAAUGAUAUUUGUAUUCAAAUAACUGGGAUAACUCAAGAUAUGGUUGAUCAAUCUCCCACAUUUGAUCAUGUGUGGAGAGAUGUUCAGAAAUUCUUAUCAAAACAUUCGUUAAUUUGUUUGGAAGAUGAAAAUAAGCCGAUGUUACGAAGUUUUACAUGGAUCACGUGUGGAAAUUGGGAUUUGCGAACAAUGUUACCCUUGCAAUUACAACAAUCUGGUUUCGAUAGACCGAAGUUCAUCAAUAAUUUCAUUAAUAUCAAAGAUUUAUAUAUGGAAUAUAAUCCAUCAAAUCGCAUUAAUGGAAUGAAAGAUCUAUUGAAAAGAUUACAUUUGACUUUAGAUGGAAAGCAUCAUUCGGGAAUCGACGAUACGAAAAAUAUUGCCAAAAUCGCACAAUGGUUCAUUGAAAACAAUCAAAUCUUGAAAUUAACAACAAAUGACACUCAUCCUUUAGAUUGA